AUGGACACAUUACCAAAGAUACGCGCCCUCUUCAACGAUCCAUCCACUGCUGAUCUCACACUUCGCAUUGAUGGCAGGGCUUAUUUUGCUCAUAAAUGUAUUCUUAACUUACAAUCUGAAUGGUUUCAAAAGUAUUUAGAAGAAAAUCGUCAAAGUGAUGAAGGGAAUGAGGAAAGUAAUGAAAAUAACCGAAAAGAUUUUGAUGAAAGUGCUUUUCAAUAUGAGAUUUAUUAUGAUUAUGAUAUUUUUGGAUAUCUUUUGGCUUAUUGUUACGGAUGGUCAAUUCAAUCGAAGACUACCGAUGAAUUAUUCGCUAUUGCUUAUUUAGCUAAGAAAUUUAAAGUUCAUAGUUUAACGAAAUUCACUGACUGCCUCUUAAAACAUAUUUCAAAGUCCUGGAAACCCAAUGAAUACAAAUGGAAAGUUGGAUUGAUGAUUAGUAAAUGGUUAGGAUUAGCAGAAACUCGAUUAACGAUUUUGAAAUUCUCAGCAAGAAUAUUAAUAAAGAUUAAAGAUUCUCGAAAUUUCGAGUUGAUAAAAUCCAUAAUUGAUAAAGAUGAUUGGAAUGAGAUUGAAAAGAUUAUGAAUGAAUUAUCGAGUGAUGAAGUGCAAAUCGAAAAUGAAUUAUUGGAAGAUGGUGUAUUAGGGUUGGACGAGAAUGGAAAUGUUGUCGAAUCUUCUUCUUCCUAUGCUUCUUCAAAUGGAGAUUCUGACAAUGAAUCAGAAGAUCAUCAAAGAAGCAUAAAUGACGAUAAAUGA